AAUAUUACGUUGUACAGUAUCUACUUUUUUUUUAAUAAUGCGCUCACUCUCCCGUCAAGCAUCAGCUUCAUUGUUUACGUUUCGAAGAAAUUCUGUUCAAAGUAGCGGUUCAAAUAUUGAAUGGGACACAGCACUUUACUCAGUUGCUGCUUCCUCCAUCAUUUUAAGUCUCGUGUUUAUUAAGUACAUACUUCCGCAGUGGACAUUGAUGAAAAUGCACAAAAAAAACAAAACCCUGACUCAAUCAAACUGCAAAGACAGUGAAUUACAUAUGUCAAUGCGUCGCUUAUUAAACAAGUGAGAGUUUACUUCCAAACAGUUCCGUUUUUCUCAAAUAAUGCUCACGUUGUUGAUAGAUUAUGAUCUUGAUAAGGACUCGACCUGCCAUCUUUGCUCACUUUUAAUGUUGAACAAUGUGAUAACAUUAGUCGGACUAUUUUCUUGAUGCACUCAGUAAAUUCAUUUCCACAUUUGGAAAACGGAGCCUUCAGAAAUUCAAACAGAUCAGAAGUUGACACGUUGCCUUUUGCCCGAGGGUAACUCCAAAGCUACAUACAUACCGCACAACCGUCUCAUUAAGUGCAGUGUCUCCGCUGAGGACGUUACGUGCCACAGCCAGAUCAGUGUCUACAGCUAUGGAACAAGCCAAAGAAAUUACUGCAACAAAUGACUGGAAAACAGAAUCCGACCCAAGACAAGCCGGUUGGCUAUUUGUACAAGAACUUCUACAAAAUAACAAAGAUUCAAAAACACUUUGUCUGACCUUGGACAUCAGGGACGACAAAGAAUCGCAAGACCGGGCUUUAGUCUCCUUUUACAGGAGAGACUACAUUCAGUGGGCUUCUCCCCUUGAAUGCAAACUUCAAGGUGACAUUGCAACCGGAAGUGGAGUUCAGCGCCACCUGAUGUCGAUGGUCAUUUUCAGGCUUACCAGUGGAUUCCAUGUGAAUUUAGGAAGUGCAGCCAUUACCAAGCUCUUUGAAGGUGAGCCUGAUCAUCUCAUCCCCUCCAUAUCAGAUGGACUUCUGGACAACAACAUGUUCGCUAUGGCAGGGCGUAUUAUUGGCCACUCGUUUUUGCAUCACGGGCCAAGUUUUCCAGGACUUAGCCAAGCCAUUAUUCACACCCUCUUUGGGGGUUCUUUGGAGACAACUCCGAUAACAGUGCAGGAUUGCCCAGAUCUUGAUGUUCGUGACAUAGUGACAAUGCUCAGUGAAGAUGACGAAAUAAACAACCUCGACACCAUCAAUCAGCUCUGCGUGCAAUGGAAUCUCCCCACACCUAAUGAUGCCAACAGGAAGUGGCUCUCUGACAAGCUUCUUUUCCAUGCGGUGAUUGAGCGAACAAGAGAUCAAAUCAAUCAGUUCCAAAGAGGCCUGCAAGACACAGGACUGUGGCCGCUUCUAAUUCACCGACGCGAGAUCAUCCCUAUCCUGUUUCCCAGGGAGGCAGAGACCCAAGUCACAUCUCAGAUGCUCUUGGAUUGCAUCACAUGGCCUUGUUCCACAACCGUCAUCUUUGAGGAAUAUGAGGCGGUCCACUUUGAUGAGCGUGAUCUUGAGGACACAUCGAGAGUGUCCAGCUUUUUGAAAAACUUCAUUGAAACCGAAUCUUCAGAUGAGUUAAAGAGUCUCAUUAGGUUCUGGAUCGGAUGGGAGGUGCCAGCUGCAGAAAUGAAGGUGGAAAUAGUAGAAGGUGUGCUUCCCACAGCUGUAACAUGUUUUGAGAAGCUGAGGCUGCCGAGGCACUACACAGAGUACAGCAAAUUCCGACUGGAUCUGCGCGCAUGUAUAUCCAGCAGUUGGAGUGGCUUUGGCUGCACCUAAAUUAACGUGUACAGAGAAGGGUGGAAACCAGAAGUGACGACAUGCGUGAAAACGCCAUCGGUCCAUUUCCCGUGUGAUAUUUGAUUUUCAGAGAUACGGCGCCAGGCUGGAACCUAUGACGACUGAUUUACAGCAGACAAUAUUUUAUGUGGGACAUUCAACGGCCCCAGUGAACCAUAACCUUACCAAAACUUGUUUCUGGUGUAAUUCAAUUUUACUGUACUGUAUUUGAAAAUAUGACAUAUCAACCCAUUUUAGAAGUAAUGAACUGUAGAAUGAAUUUGGUCUUCAGAUUUUGAAGAGGUUUAAGAAUAUUAAUUUUUAACUGGUGCCGAGCACUAAAAAGGUUUGCGUUCACUUUCAAUGUCUGUUCAUGUUAAAAGCGGGUAGACUGAUUCUAUGGUCUCUGUAAAUACAUAAUAAUUGUACAAUAUGUAUGUAAACAAAUUAUUUAUUAAUGUAUUCCUUCUUAUUUCUCCUUUUCGACUGAUAAAUUUGAUAUGUGUUAAUCCA